AUGGAGUUUACAUUAAACAUAUUUACUUUGAAUUGCUGGGGUAUACCGGGUAUCUCCAAAAAUCGAAGAGAGAGAAUAGAAGCAAUUUCAAAAUAUUUACUGACCAGCGAUCAUAAUGUCGUGUGUCUUCAGGAAGUAUGGAGUGAAAGAGAUUAUUUAUAUAUAAAGGAAUUUUUAAGCAGUGUCUUACCCUAUUCACAUUAUUUUUAUAGUGGUGUACUUGGAUCAGGACUGUGUGUGUUUUCUAAAUGGGUAAUACAAGAUGUUUUUUUCCACCAAUGGCCAUUGAAUGGCUAUAUACAUAAGAUUCACCACGGUGACUGGUUUGGAGGCAAAGGAGUUGGACUAUGUCGUAUUAAAUAUUUAGAUAGGCUUUUAAAUAUCUACUGCACACAUCUGCAUGCUGAGUACAAUGAAGAUGAUAUUUAUCUGGCUCAUCGAGUUCUACAAGCACAUUCAACAUCUGAGUUUGUUAACAUUACAUCGUCUCCGGCAGAUAUAUCUAUCUUAGCUGGUGAUCUUAACACUGCACCUGGAGAUUUGUCAUUUAGACUAAUUACCCAAAUAGCAAACCUUACCGAUCCAUGUAAUGUUGAAAUAAUUGGUGAGACUACAUCUAUGAUUAAACCACUAGGCACCUGUGAUAAUAUUAACAAUAGUUAUUCUAAUCCAAAAGUGACAAAGUUAUGUCCAGAUGGUAAAAGGAUUGAUCAUAUCUUAUAUAAUGUAAAUCCGAAUUGUGAUGUUGAAAUCAAAAACUUUAAGAACCCAUUGGAAGAGAGAGUGCCGGGACAAGAUUUUUCCUACUCUGACCACAAUGCAGUAUCACUUGAAAUGAGAGUAAAGUUCUCCAAUGCGAAGAACAGAGACAGGCCAAAAAGUUCAUAUGACAAAUAUGACAAUACUGUAGUUGAAGCUAUCAAAGGUCUGUUGGAUAUUGGCCUAAUUGUAUUCUCGCAGAUGUAG